AUAGCCAUAUGUAAGCGCUAAAGUAAAGCGCUAACCCAAUCAGGACAAAUGACAGAACGCCAUUUGUGAUAAUGACAGCUUGGUCGCGGUCCCUUGCUGUUCACACAACGUCUAAGCCGUGCAGAUAUCCUGAUACCCAGUUUUGUUUUUGAGUUUUUAUGUCUUUGAUGAUAAUGAUAUACCGUCUAUUUUAAACGUUUAUUUGACCUCCAAUUUUCUGUUUUCCUACUGCAAGGGGCGGACACAAGAGCCACGAUUACCCCUGUUUUGAUCUACUUGCGGGGGCGGAAUAUAUCACUCUUCUUUAUUUUCUAGAAAUGGAUUUUCUAAAAUCAGCUGUCGCUUCGGCGAUUGCCAAAGGCAGCUCGUUUCCGUACAGCUUCGGCGACCGGGUUGAUGAUAACGACUCCAUAUGGACACUUCACAAUGGCACAAAGCGGGAAGAUGGCUCAUCGUGCAGCAUAUUCACAUUUGAUAUCGCAGCAAAUAAACCCCGCCUACCACUUGCCAAAAACGCAGUUCGCAAACACCGUACCCUUAGGCAUCCCGGGGUUGUCAAAGUGCUAGAAACGAUAGAGACAGACAUGAACAUUUAUAUCGUGACCGAAAGGAUCACUCCGCUUUCGUGGCCGGUAAAAAGGAGGAGCCUGAGCGAGGAAACCGCAAAAUGGGGCUUAUUUGCAAUUGCUUCGACGCUUAAAUUUAUCAACGAAGAUGCGUCUUCGGUUCACGGCGCGGUCAGAGUCUCCUCUAUAUACACAAGCGAAAGUGGGGAAUGGAAACUGGGAGGGUUUGAUAUACUCAGCUCCAUGAAGGAGGACGACGCCGUAAUAUACACAUAUGGUAGCCUCAUGCCGGAUUCUUCACGUUAUGCACCACCGGAGAUCACGAAAGGCGGCGGCUGGGAAACUAUCAAACGCAACCCAUUACCUGCGACGGAUUCUUACAAUUUUGGGUGCCUUAUUUUCGAGGUUUUUAAUGGUAGCUACAGAGGGAACGACCAAGCAGGCCAGACCUCAAAUGUCCCUCCAAGCAUGCAUCAAAGUUACAAGAGACUUAUGAAUCCCAACCCAAAGCUAAGGCUCAGCGUGGCCCAUUUCCUGGAACAAGGAAAACGCAGCGGAGGUUUUUUCGAAACUCCGUUAAUCCGGCUCACCCAGGAUAUUGAAAGUUUAGGAUUGAAAAGUGAAGGGGAACGGGAUCAAUUUAUUAAUGAGCUCGAUGAGCUGACAGACGAUUUCCCUGAGGAUUUCUUUAAAAUGAAGGUCUUGCCUGAGUUGCUAAAAUCUGUUGAGUUUGGCGGCGGAGGACCAAAAGUUUUUGCUUCCAUUUUAAAGAUCGGCACGAAGCUCUCAGAGGAGGAGUAUUCGAGUAAACUUAUACCGGUUAUCGUACGAUUAUUUGGCAACCCUGACCGUGCUAUGCGUGUUUGCUUGCUUGAUAAUCUCCCUUUGAUGAUCGACCACCUCCCACAGAAAAUUGUUAACGAUAAAAUAUUUCCCCAAAUGGUAACUGGUUUUACCGAUAUCGCCCCGGUUGUAAGGGAGCAGACUGUAAAAGCAGUACUCGCUGUCAUCGGGAAACUCUCUGACCGAACCAUUAACGGCGAACUGUUGCGAUACCUUGCCAAAACUGCCAAUGACGAGCAACCAGGAAUCCGAACAAACACGACCAUAUGUCUCGGGCGAAUUGCAAGGAACCUAGGGCAAAGCUCAAGAGCCAAAGUCCUCACAGCUGCAUUCAGUCGUUCCCUGAGAGAUCCGUUCGUCCAUGCCCGAAACGCAGGUCUCCUUGCUCUAAGUGCAACUCUAGACCUAUUUACUGAAGAGGACUGUGCAACAAAAUUGUUGCCGGCAAUUUGUCCUUCUUUAUUGGACAAGGAGAAGCUUGUCCGAGACCAAGCAAACAAAACGCUUGAUUUAUAUCUUCAGCGCAUUCGCAAGUUUAGUGCAUCGAUGCCUGAUACAACGUUACCAGCCCAGAACCUCUCUGAUACUCAUGUCGCAGUCGCUGCACGGAUGGGUACGCCAAAUGACACAUCCUGGGCAGGAUGGGCAAUUUCGUCAUUUACGAAUAAAAUAGCAAGUGCGAAAGGUGAAAUUGAGCCAACAUCUAAUGGCAGUCAGUCCGCUGUUGCACCUGCAACUCGAGCUUCGUCAAUGCCGCAUACAGUGAGAUCGUCGCCAUCUGCCCAGGUAAAUAAAUCAAGCGAAGCCUUGCGGCUUGGUGCACCACAAAUUUCUCGAACUACAUCGGAGCCUCCACCUAAGGAUUCCAAGUUGGAACCUGAACAUGAGGAAGAAGACGCGUUUGAUGCGUGGGGAGCUAUAGAUGAUGAGGAUAACGAAGAUGAUGGGUCCGACGCCUUUUAUGACGCUAAGGGAUCCCCUUCUCCCAGUCUACCUACAACAUCUACGCACACGCCAUUCGAUGACGGCGGAGAACCCGAUUUUGCUGGAUGGUUAGCCGCCCAGUCCAAAGCCAAAUCUAAAAGGCCAUUACCCAAAGGGCUCUCCAAAUCCACCAACACAAAAGUCGCGGGUGCCACACGGCUAACAAGCACAUCGAAAGCAUCCGUCCCGAGCAGUAAGAGCUCGUCUGUCAAAGGUAGAACGUCCUCCCAACCAGCUAAAACGAUCGAUACGAAGCCGAAAGAAGACGCAGGCGAGGAUGACUGGGGCGAUGCUUGGGAUUAACAACUUUAGUCUUUCUGUUUUUAAUGAGAAGUUUACCUACUUGCUCAAGACUGCGUCUGCCUGCAAGUUGUCUACAUAUCACAUUAAUUCAUAUUUAUAUAUGUUGCACGAGUGCAGCCGUUAGCAUAGCGUCUUUGGUAAUUGGAUAUAUAGAGAGUACAUACAGCUUACAUGAAAUAGUGAAUUGAAGACAUUACCUAAAGCCGACCCGCUUCCCGAAUAAUGUACCAUCAACAGUGCCGGUAAGUUAGGAAGUAUUAGUUGUCAAAGGUUGUAGUCGUGUGACAGUUCUCAGAAGUGACGUGAGGAUUAAUCUGUGGAUACAAAACUACGAGUUUCCCGCUGAAAGGUUCGCAAACCACCAAUGACUGUCGGCACUUUUAGCUCAAGAUUUUUAAAAAUUGAUUUACAAUAUCAAAAAUAAAAUGAGAGAAG